UCUUACUUUCCGAUUCCCACGGCCAAACCAAAACCCCCAAAUACUGGCUUCUCGAUCUACUUCUGAAACCCUAAUCUCGUUCUCUUCGUCUCGCCCGGCACACACUCGAUUCGCCGGCCGCGCGUAUUACUACUGAAUCGACGACGAUGUCGAUGUCGAAGAGCUCCAAGAUGCUCCAGUUCAUAAACUACAGGAUGCGAGUCACCAUCCAAGACGGACGGCAGCUCGUCGGGAAAUUCAUGGCCUUCGACCGCCACAUGAACCUCGUCCUCGGCGACUGCGAGGAGUUCCGCAAGCUUCCGCCAGGCAAAGGCAAGAAGAUCAACGAAGAGAGAGAAGAGCGCCGCACGCUCGGCUUGGUCUUGCUCAGAGGCGAAGAAGUCAUCUCCAUGACGGUUGAAGGACCGCCUCCUCCCGAAGAGUCUCGCGCUAAGGCCGGCUCAGCAGCGGCUCUUGCUGGGCCUGGAGUGGGCCGUGCUGCUGGACGUGGAGUGCCUACAGGGCCGCUUGUCCAAGCUCAGCCUGGGCUUUCUGGGCCUGUUCGUGGAGUUGGUGGGCCUUCGCCUGGGAUGAUGCAGCCUCAGAUCUCUCGGCCUCCGGUUAUGAGACCUCCUGGGCAGAUGCUUCCGCCGCCUCCUGCUUUUGGUGGUCAAGGUCCGCCGAUGGGGAGAGGUCCUCCUCCUCCGGCUUAUGGUGGUAUGAGGCCGCAGUUUGGUGGACCGCCGCCUCCGUACGGGCAGAGGCCUAUGGGUCCUCCUCCUGGUGGGAUGAUGAUGAGAGGUCCUCCUCCACCUCCUCAUGGGAUGCAAGGUCCGCCUCCUCCUAGGCCUCCUCCUGGUGGUUUUGCUCCGCGUCCCGGCAUGCAAGGGCCGCCGCCUCCUCAGCAUAAUCAGCAGCAGUGAGUAGGUAAAAGUUCAAACCUUGUUUAGAGAGCUGUGGAUGUUGGGGGCAAACGCAUUCAGCUUUUUGUGGAUGAAGAAGAAACUUGUGGACGCAUCAAGUGUGGACUACUGGGAAUAUCUUUUAUGUCAGGCUUAUGAAUUUUGGAUAUAUGAAGUCAUUAUCUGUUUGGAAUUUCUUACUAAAGAAACAGUUUUUUUAUCUCGAUUCGGAGUUGUAUGUGUCUUCUCUCUUCAUCAUCUUCCAAUGUUAAAGAGGACUGAUCAAGUUUAUUAGUAGCUGAUAAAUCGAAUUCUUCAACUUUUAUCCUC